GAGUUAGUUCGCGUUUGAAUUUCAUCGUGAGCGGAUCGCUGAAAAAAAGCCCGAGAAGUGAAGACACUGUGUGAGCUUUUUCUCCGUAUCUAAAAUUGACUGCAAGUGAAUUCUUGUGUUUCUUCCCUCUUCCUCUCUUUUACCCUGGCAUUAGUGCGGUUUCUCGUGAUUUAUCCACAAAUGCACACUCUCACGUGAUUUCUCACUACCUCUGAGGACAGAUUGAAGAAAAAAAAAUUUAAGAUUCCCGUGGGAACAUUACGUGGGAAGACUCGUGAAAUUACGAGAGGUGGAUUCAUCUAAAUUUGUGUUGUGGGUUUUUUUCUUUUUAAUUUUCCAUUCUGUGCGGGGGACAAGGUGGCAUUAUAUCCGUGAUUAGCUUGUGGUUGUGACAUUUUGGGGGUGCUGCUCAAUUGAAAAGUAAACGUUCGGAAGGAGUCACAUUUCCGCUACUGGACAUUCGAAAGAAGUAGCUGAAGCAGGAAAGAAAAGUUCUAUACAGCAAGUUUAAUUAGAAUUUCAUCUUUUGGCGAAACUGUAGACGUUAAAGAGAGGGUUUUCAUCAUUCCCAAAAAAUGCUGCUGCUCCACACUGCACUUUUCCUCCUCACCUUUAGCAUAAACUAUGGUGAUGCGGUGGAUCCAAUUGGAACUGGUGGUCCUACAAUAAUUGGCGAAGGAUCUGACGCACUAUUAACCUGUGUCAUUACGGGAUCCUAUGCAAAUGACACCGUCCUCUGGCGCAAGGGUCCAAAUGAGAUCCUCUCGGCGGGAAUAAAUCGUGUCACCAGCGACAAAAGGAUAAGCAUUCUCCAUGAUGAUUCACCAAAGGGGCGAACCCCAACAGGUGGUGAUGUGUGGGUGCUACUGAUACGGGAUGCCAAACCCACCGACACGGAUGUAUACGUGUGCGAAGUUAACAGUGAUCCUGUUUUACGUAGUUUUCAUCCCCUUAGAGUGAAAAAUUUCAAUUCAACCACAAACAGUUCGUCAGAAGAGGAGGGUGAUGCUAGCUAUUCAGCUGAACAAACCACACCAGUCAGUGCACUUGUUCACGACUUCACAGACUGCUGCACAGCUCAGAAUGUCUCAAGCAAGUGUAUGGGCUACUGCACAGUACACAAUAUACUCGAUGGAACAACAGGGAUUGAUCCUGAAGCCUGCGAGGUUGAUUUCCCAAGCAUUGUUAAAUGCAUGGCAGAUGGACGAAAUCAUAUGCCAUGCUGUGAAAAGCGCGGAGUUCCGGAUUUGUGUCAGGACAUGUGCCGGGGCGAGUAUACACCAUUCACAGACCUUCUAAAAUCCCGCGUUUCUUGUGCCGCCCACACACUUCCUGCACUUCAGUGCAUCCUCUUGGGCAUUCAGAAGCUCCCGAGUGAGCCUCAGGAUGUUUAUGUGGAACCCCUUAGUGAGAGAUCGUUGCAAGUUGGCUGGACUGCACCCGCAAAGCUCGCCUCCACUGUUAAAUCAUACCAAGUUAAUGUGUCCCUAAUGCAUAGUUUUGAUCAAGACUGGCUUGCCAAUGAUACAUCAGCCCUCAGUGUAACCGUACCCGGAGAUCUGGAUAGCACCGUCGUCAAUGAUCUCAAGCCAUUCACAAUGUACUCCAUUGUUGUUACGGCCAACAAUGACUAUGGAUCUAGUCUACCGAGUUUCCGUAUUCGUACACUGACGCUUGAAAGUGGGGUGGCUAAGCAAAAGAAUGUAGCGGAAGUUCCCAUGCUUCCUGACGUUCGUGGAUGUUGUGAAAAUGCUGGAAUGACGCACCGUACGUGCCUAGAAAGGAUGUGUGACCCAAAGAAGGCGGACUUCACGGAGAUUCCCGACUUGAUGGUUUGCGCCCCAUGGGCCAAUAUCACAUUCUCAUGUUUGGCCAAUAAUAUCGAUCACUCACCAUGCUGCAAGAAUCGUGGUAUCCCCGACUCAUGCCUCCCAUUCUGUGCUGGAACUGUCAAGACAAUCAAUUUUAAUUUUUUCAAGUGCCUUCAGUACAUGUCAGAGUACAGUAGUUGUCUGCUACAGGGCUAUGGUGUCCUAGCGGGGCCCCCAUCGCGCCUAAAAGCUCCUCUUGUAUCGGCACAUUUUGCCGUACUCGAGUGGAAUGCCCCAAAAGUUCUACCAGACACCGUAACAUCCUACCAUUUGCACCUGAGGAAACUCGGUAGUGGUGAUGAGUACACGGUGAUUGAGAAAUCCCACCCACCAAUGAUUCUAGAAGAUUUAGAGGGUGCAACGUACUAUGAAGCAUUCAUUGUGGCUGUUAAUGCUCAUGGCAAAGGUGGCCCAUCACCCAGGCUUGUCUUCCAAACGAAACAUGCUAUGGAUGAUGAUAGUCCAGCUGGAGGCUACAAUCUCACAGCCUGUUGCUCAAUAUCGGGUCUCUUGCCACAAUGUAUGCCCCUCUGUUCGUACGACAUUCGCAUGUCAGACCUACAGGCCCUAGCUGGACUGUGCCAACCCCAAAUGGGUGUCUUGGUGAAGUGUGCCGCAGGCGGAAGGGAUCAUUCCGGAUGCUGUGUACGUCGUGCUGUGCCACCAAAAUGUCUCUCCCUGUGCCAUGGUGUUGUAUCACAAUCAUCAGCUGAGUGCCUUCCCUAUGCUGGGAAUGUCCUGCAGUGCCUGGAGGAGGGUACGGGAAAUAUUCCGGGACCUGUUGAGGAUCUCCGUGCAACGAGUGUUACCAAUACAACAAUUUCCUUAGCAUGGGAACCAUCAGAAGCUGAUGCCAAUAAUACCGAAGCCAAAGUCACGGACUACCUCGUGCAGUAUGGGAAAGUGAAUAAUAUGACGAUGUAUGAGACAAUUGUGAAGUUGGAGAAUGAACUGAAUACAACGGAAACGGGUGUGGAUCUCAAUAAUCUCGAACCUAGUGCCUUGUAUAGGAUCCUUGUUGUUGCACGUGGACAACAUGGGGUGUCUUUGCCAUCGGCUAUGCUUCUCAUUAAUACAUCACGCGUUGACUAUGCUGCACAACUCUUUGGUGCACCAUCACCACCGCAUUCAUUGGCAGUUGCAGCCCAUAGUGCCACAUGGGUUACAGUCUCCUGGCAACCACCUGAAUUUUCACAUCCACACGAACCCAUUGUUUACAAACUCUACCACAAGAGCACGUCGUCGGAUAAAUUUCAAGUUGUUGAAACGCGACUCCUGUGGACGCGUAUUAUGAAUCUAAAGCCAAAUUCACAGCAUGUGGUCUAUGUUACGGCGUCUGGGGCACAGGGGGUGAGUCUACCGUCGGAAACACUCGUGGCGUGGACGGAUCCAGCACUACCUGCACACGUUGAUCCCCCAACAAUUCAUCCGGCCGACAUGGUGGCCGAAGGGGGCUCAAUGACGGUUCUCUGUCUCGCCCUGGGUAAUCCUGAGCCCACAAUCAGCCUCUACGUGGGUGGACAUCUAGUCAGGCAGGAUACAUCGCGGCAUAUGGUGACGGUGAUUCACAAUGUUUCCACGGAUAUGGAGCAUGUUUCGUGCUAUGCUGACAAUGGAUACGGCAUCCCCAUGCAGGCGUCCAAGAAAGUUAACAUCAGCUAUGCUCCACGAAUUAAAGCUUCAGAAAUAACUUUAGCAUCAAUUGGGGAGCAAGUUGACCUCAAGUGCACUGUGAAGGCUAAACCAUCCCCCAAAGCCAUGUUCUGGCGCGAUCACGAUGGACGUGUGCCCGUGAUUCAGGGUGGAAACUACGAUAUGUCCCUCACAACAGACCCCGAUGAUCCCUCCCUCUACACAAUGGUCCUCCACAUCACCAAACUCGGUGGAUCAGACGUUGGUGACUACUACUGCCAUGCCCAGAAUGCCCUGGGAUCCGUAACACGGGCAGUUUCUGUCCGUAUGCGGAAUACACCGGCAGUGCACAACAUCUCCGAAUGUUGCAUUUCGCAAAAUGUCUCCUCAGCCUGCAUGUCCGCAUGCAGCUUCUACAUUGACAUUGAUGCUGUAAUCGAUCGUCCCGAGUGCAUUGUUGAUUUUGAUAAACUCAUGAAGUGUGCUGCCGAUGGGUCAGACCAUAGGGCAUGCUGUGCUAAUCAAGAUGUACCCCGGAAGUGCCUCAAUUGGUGCCGUGGUGAAUCCCUCGGCAAUGGACAACUAUGUCCGGUUCAACACACAAGAACCAUUAUUGGUUGCUUCCAAUCCAAUCGAGAUCUCCUACCAGGUCCACCGCAAAACUUGGGUGUGACAAUCCUAUCGAAUGAGGAGGUGAUGGUUCGAUGGGAUCCACCAAUUAAAAAUCCCCAAACCGUUGAGGGUUACCGUGUUUUCUGGCACGAUGUUAAUCCCAGCACGGAGAGCCUGCAGACGACGAUCAAUGGAUUGGGGACGAGUCGUUUGGAUGCAAAGGAGACAAGUAUACGCAUUGAUGGGUUGAAGCAGCAUGUGAUGUAUGAAUUGGUUGUGAAGGCUGGGAAUCAUCAGGGGGCAAGUGUCCUCACUGAGCCCCUACGCUUCACGCUGGGUGAUCAUCACGUCACCUCAGCGUCGCACUCAACAAGUGCCGGGACAAUUAGUGGGGUCUUUGCUGGAAUCCUAGCCAUUGGUCUAGCCGUAUCGGCUAUAUUCCUCUACAAACGACGCAAGGGUGGACACAAGGCUGCCAAUGGGGUGGCCUUUGAAAAUCCCAGCUACCUACGUGAAGUCAACAUGGAGCAUGUUCAUAUUCCAGCCGUUUCCGGGGACACAGGCACAGAGCCAGGCUGGCGCCAGGAAGCCCUCCAACCACCCACAAGUACGACAAGUGUUGAACAAAAUGCCGUAGUCCCAAUGGCCACGGAGGUCAACCCGACGCUGUAUGAGGAACUAAAGUUGGGGCAUGAGGGUGUUGGCUUCAAGCGAUUGGUAUCAUAGGAUUUAGCCCCAAAUGGUCAUGCAAUUCACACGACGACUCUAGAGAAAUUUUAACAAAAGAACGCUUGCACAUCACGUCAAGUCCACAUAAAUGAUGAAUGUGUAAUAAAAAUGAAAAUAUUGAAGAACAAUAAUUUGAUUUAAUUUUUUUUAGAAAAAAAACUAUAAAGAAAAAAACAAUAGAAAAUGUAUUUUUUGAUGUAAAAUAGUUCGGGAAUGGAUGCACCUUUAGGAAGAAUCACAAAAGAAAAUCCUUCAGCUAAUUAUAACCAAAAUUACACCCCCAAAACACAAAGUUUACCACUAAAACACAAGAGAAUUAAGUUAAUAAUUAAUUAAAGAGAAAAAUAUAUCACAGCUAGUAGACCACAACUGAAUGUUUAAAAUAAAUUUAAUAGAAAAAAAACAGUUAAAUAAAAAAUCAGCAAGGUGUUUUAGGAUUAAGAAGAAGGAAUAGCAAAAAAAAGGGGAAAUACACAUCAAUUCAUCUCAAUCAACGAUCCUUGCAAUCCUCAUCAAGGGGAAAUUCACACUGAUAACAGAUUGAUGGAUAGAGGUUAAAAUUCAAUCAAUUUUUCUUCUCAACCCCCCACACACACAGAAUGAACUCUCUGUAUCCCUUAAAAAGCAUAAAUAUUAAAGCAUAAAUAUAUGUAUAAUCCAACUGAAUGUGCGAGAUGUAUGCGGCGAGAAUAAUGUGUUUAGAUGAUAAAAGACGAUUGAGGGACACUAUCGGAAGCUCAUCUCUAGUCAUGAUGUGAUUACUUAGUUGUUUAAUAUUGUAUUACAACUAAAAUUCACACUGAAUUGAUGAACUUCAUUCGGUGCUUAAGAAAAGAGAUGUGACAGGUUGAUAUAUAACUCAACAAUGGUGCUAAGAAUACCUACAAUUCUUUCUUGAUUAAAAAUAUUUUCCUCUUUUCCUUCAACAAUCCUCAUUAUUAUGUAAUUUUUGUAGUUUGAAUUUGCUCAAAGUUUUACUUUUUUUUUUUUAAGAAAAUAGGGUGGAGUGGAUUAAUUUUGAUUCUAUUUUCUAUUGAAAAAAAACUGAAUCAUUUUUGUAAAUUCUAUAAUUUUAUAUUUAAUUACAAAAGAAUUUAAAAAAAAAUCUCCUUUCAUUUUUUCUUUCAUGGCGACCAAUUGAGAAAAUUCAAAAGAUUUGCCCAAAAAUACAGCACGUCACUAUUGUGUUUUUUUUUGUUUCUUUCAAUGUUUGAAACAUUGGUACUAAUGUUUCAUCGGUGUAUUUUGACAUAUUUUACCUCGGAAGUACUUUUUGCAAUUUUUUUAAUUUAUAAAUAAACCUUGAAAUAUUAAAUUUCACAAAAAUAAACUCAUUAAACUAACUGAAAAAUUAUGAAAAAUGCAAGGAAAAAUGUUUCAAAAAUACCUUGUUUACACUCACUCAUGAAACAUCAUGCUUGGAAUAUUUCAUGUGUUUAACCUUUGGAAAGCAGUUGCUGCUAAAUGAGAUAAGGGUUAAAAUAGAGAUACAAAGACCAAAACGGUGACGUCACUAUUUGCAUUUUUCAGCAAAUCUUUAUCGGCUUUUCCCAGUUACUUCCAGUGAAAAAUUGUCGGAAAUCCCUUUAGAGAUUUCUUAUUAUUUUAUUUGUUUUCCGAAAAAAGCAAAAAAUAAAAGAAUAAUAAUAAAAAAUCUUGUACAUUUCCCUAACAAAGCUUCAACUGUCUCUUUAGCCUUUUACAUGUGAACCACUUCACCCUAGUCUCCCCUAAAGUCCCUUAUUUUUUUUUCUCCCACUUUAUUGAAAAGAAAACAUCAGUAUGACAACAAAACCUUAAUAAAAUAAGUCUGUUGUACAAAUUAGUUAGGAUUCAAAGAGAAUUCUGAGAGUUGUAAUUUGAAAAAUAAAUUUAUUAAAAAAAAUCCCCACUGAAUAUUAAAAAAAAAUACCUUCACAAAUCACAAUAAUAAAAAAAAAUAUCUGAAUGUUAAUCACGGAAAAUUUCCACGAGGGCGUUUGUGUGUAAUUAGUACGAGGAAGCAGGGAGUGGGGAAUUGCGCGCGUUUUAAAUAAAAGUAGUUCUUGUGUAAAAUGGUAGAAGGAAAUAGGAUAUUAAUGCCGUUGAUGAAUGAGCGAAAUACGUGAUAAAUAUAGUUGAUGAAUGAGAGAAAAUGUAUAGAAUUUAAAAAAAAAAAGUGAGGAUAAUGUGUUGCGAAUCAAUUUUGUGGAUGAAUUGUGUACAUAGGCAGGCAGAUUAUAUAGAGAGGAAUGAAAAGAAAAAAAUAUACAAACUCUGUGAAAAAAAGUAUAUAAAUAAAGAGAUAUUUUAGUAUAAAAAAA